AUGGAUCCGCUCUCAGUGACUGCAAGUAUCCUGACCCUUAUCACGGUCGCAGGAUCGAUUAUACAGCAUCUGGACCACAUGAAAUCUCGCAUGGAUCCUCAGGCUGAACUCAUCACAAUCUUUAAAACUUCAACGGAUCUACAAACGACUCUAACCGUGGUGCGUGAUGAAGAUACCGCGUUAAGAUGUAGCAAGACACCGGCGGCAAGGCUGGCCUACGACACCUUGCCCGAAACAAUUGGGAAACUAGAAAAGUACUUGAACCAACUCACUCAGUUUGCCCAUGCAAAUUUGUUGCGGAAUGGAAAGGGUUUAUCUCGCCUUGGGCUGAGUACACGACGAAAGAAUGAGUUGGCAGAGAUCCGAGAAAAGAUUUCAGAUGCGCAUCGGAAUUUGCAAUUUGGCUCUCCUUUCUGUAAAUCUUCGCCGGAACCGGGAGUUGUUGUCAAGGAUCGAAGAGAUUGCAAUUGUGCACAGCAAAAACCAUGCUGA